CCUUGGACGGUAACAAAAAACAAACAGAUUUACUGAGGUCACAAAAGCUUCCAUACGGCAUAUUGACGAGAACAAAAGAUGAAAAGCUUGUAUCUCCUUGUCGCGCUCCUACUUGGGAUCUUAGGAAAUCCUCAGUUUGUGAAAAUCAAAGUGGUUAAAGGAAACGACCCAGGAUUAUGUUAUAAAAAUAGCAGUGAAAAGAUGACGCUGGUUCGUGAUCGACAAAACAUACCUAAACUCUUGAUAUGUUCAAAUGUCAACGGUGUUUUUUCAUGGAGAACAGUGGACGGUUCUAGUUCUCCAGGAGAAUUUUUUGACCCAGUAUACGACUGUUCAACCAUAUUGGAUAAAGAUCCAAAAGCUAAAGAUGGAUUUUAUUGGAUAACACUUGGAGAAAAGAAACCAAAAAGGGUUUAUUGUGACAUGACAACUGAUGAUGGUGGGUUCAUGUUGAUUGGUCGACAAAAUACAUCCGUUACAUGGACAGUACCAUCUAACAACAAGACAGUGGAACCAUUUGCUGAACCUCAUUGGAUAAGUUCAUUAGGAGAGGCUCCAAUGGUUGAUUUCAGAGUACAAAUGGCCACUAAAGAUGAUUUUAAGACAACUCAAGCUCAUUGGUUUUACAGAUUUCAAAAUCCACGAAAAUUAAAAAAUCUGAUGAUUUACAACAAAGGAGGCUGUACAAAUACAUCACCUGGGAUUGGUGACGUUAAAUUUGUAAAAGAUCUGAUGACUGAAAAUAUUGUGACAACAAGUUUUCGUUGCUCAAAGUUUGGAUUGGCGUACAAUAAAAGAGCACAGUUUGGAUGGGCAAGAAUGAACGACUGUUUAAACAGACCAUGUCCUUGGGGAUUUGCUUUUCACCACAAAUAUCCCUUCAAACUGACUUUUCUGGAGCAUUCAGCUACAGCACAACGAAUCAAAUUUCAGGGAUAAACUUUGGAGCGACGGCAUUAGUUGGCUGUGACAACAGAAAGUGCUGUGGUUGUUAUGGUCCUAAGAAUGGCAAGAAAAAUUAUUGUUUUAAA